AUGGCUGAGGGAUUGGAGCCCAUGUGGGAAAACCUAUCAGUGAUUCAGAGUCGCUGGCCCGAUAACCGUCUGGACCUAUACCUGUUGAAAGAAACUCUGUGGAAUGUCCUCAUGGCCCUUGACUACGUACACACUGAACGCAAAAUUAUUCAUACUAAUAUCAAAGCGGAUAAUAUCCUCGUGUCAAUUGCGGACUCUGCUAUCUUGCAGCAGUUCGAGGAGGAUGAGCACACUUACCCAUCGCCCCGGAAAUUUGUAGGGGGAAGAACGAUCUACCAAUCACGGUCUUGGAGGGAACCCAGAGAGUAUGGCAUGCCCAUGCUGACUGACUUUGGUGCAGCUGUAUUCGGGGAGGAGAAACACAACCACGAUGCCCAGCCAGGCGCCUACAGAGAGAAAAAGCUAUCUCACAAGGGUACAUUUGGCGGAGGUAAUUGGGCUUCUGAAACCACCCCCUGCGGAUUUGAUCAAGCGUGGCAAGAGAAGUCUCGAGUGAUUUGA